CUUACUUACAAUGUCUCUAGUAAAAUCUUUUUGGUUGCUUGCACUUGUCAGUGCUUUAUGUCCUGCUGUUUUUACAGCAACUACUUAUACCGAUUGCAGCGGGGGUGGAACAGGGAUCACUCUCACCGACUUCAAUUUGAAUAACUGCGCAGCAAGCCCCUGCACAUUGAGAAAAGGGCGAAAUGUAACCAUUUCUUUUACUAUAACCGCUGUUAAUGCGAUUGGUGUCAAUAACGAUACAACGAUAGCGAUUGAUGCUAAAAUGGGGUUCCAGUCUUUCUCCCUCCCUCCCACGCCAUUAUGUGGUGUGAUCCCAUGUCCCAUACCAGCAGGUACUUCCCAGGAUGUUGCACAAAGCUUCCCGCUAUCGCCAUUUGCUACACCGGGAACUUACCAAUUCAAAAUCACAAUCAAAGACGCCGGAUCAGUGGUAAUGUGCGUACAAUUUAGCGCUUACGUACCGUUGUUGUAGUGUAUAGUGACCGCAUAUCCACCGCGACACUAGUGCUAAGUUAAUUAACAACUAGAAAAAAAGGAACAAUGUAUGUACUUAAUAAAUUCAAACCGUGACGUGUAA